AUGAAUAUAAAUAUAUUUGGUAUUGAAGAAGCUAUUGAUAGUCUUGGACAAGUUUAUCAUAUACCAACUAUCUUUUUACAACAUGUUAAUGGUACUUGGCUUGAUAGUUCAUUUGAAUUAAAUAAUGAAUUAUAUGAUAUAUUAAUUUCAAAUCAAAUGCAACGAUUAACAAAUCGUGUUUAUCGUUUAUCAAAAUCUUUUUCAUAUUUUUAUUCCAAUUCUUUAUCAAUAGAUGAUCGUAAUUAUUUACAAAAACUUAUUUUAAUUUUAUAUAAUCAACAAAAUUCAAUUAUAAGUAAUGAUGUUAAAAUUUUAUAUGAAGAUUUAUAUUUAAAUAAAACUUCAAUGAAAAUAAUUCGACGUAUUUAUUUAUUUGUUUUUUAUAAUGGACAAGAACUUGAUGGAAGAUAUUUAUCAUCAUUAAUGCUAUCAUCAGAACAAUUUAAUGGAAUUAAUUAUAUACAAAAUCCAUUGAAUUAUAAAUCAAAUCAAAUAUUUAUUAAUGUAAUUAAACAACGUGAUAUACAACAAAUAACAUUCUCAGGAAAAAUAAGU